CUUUCUUGUCCUUCAAUAUUAUGAUUUGGGCUUGUCCUUAAUUUCUACACAAUUAGUGUAAUUUUAUUCUUACCUUUCCAACUCUGCCCCCUUUUAACCUUCCCAAUCAUGCAGGGAUCUGUGAUCAAGAGGAACCACUGAGGUCAGGAGAGAUAGGAGCAAGGGAGCAGCUACUAUGGCUUCUAAACUCCUGACUGACAUAAAGGAGGAGGUGACCUGCCCCAUCUGCCUGGACCUCCUGAAGGAACCCCUGAGCCUAGGCUGUGGCCACAGCUUCUGCAAAACCUGCAUUACUGCAGCAAACAAGGAGUCCAAGACAAGCCAGGAAGAGAAGAGCACCAGUUGCCCUGUGUGCCAAUUCCAUUACUGUGCUAAGGAGCUGCGGCCUAACUGGCAUGUGGCCAACAUAGUGGAGAGGUUCCGAGAAGUCAAGGUGAGCUCUGAGGAAGGGCAAAAGAGAAAUCUCUGUGAACGCCAUGAAGAGAAACUCUUGCUCUUCUGUAAGAAGGAUGGGAAGGUCCUUUGCUGGGUUUGCGAGCGGUCUCAGGAGCACCGUGGUCACCAAACGGUCCCCAUGGAAGAGGCUGUCCAAGAGUACCAGGAGAAGCUCCAGACAGCUCUGCAGAAGGUGAGAAAGGAGCAGCAGGAAGCAGAGAUGUUGAACGCUAACCUCAGCGAACAGAGAACCUCCUGGGAGAAUCAUGUGCAAAAUGAGAAAAGGUGUAUCCAGGCAAUGUUUGAAAAACUGAGGACUCUGCUGGAGCAUGAGGAGACACAUAUAAUGCAGAUGCUGUUCAGCGAGGAGGAAACUAUGCUCAACUCUUUUUCUCUGGAGGAUGAGGUGGACAAGCACAGCCAGAUAAUGGAAGACCUGAUUUCAGAAAUAGAGCAUCGGCUUCAGGGGUCAACAGUAGACAUGCUGCAGGAUGUGCAUUCCGUCAUGGAAAGGAGUAAGAACUUGUCUCUGAAGAAACAAAAAGCUUUUCUCAAGGAACAAAAGAAAGUGUCCAGAAUUCCUGAUCUGAAAGAGAUAAUGCAAAUGUUUAUAGGUGAGGAUUUGCCUGUUGCCUUGGAACCCUAUGGGCCUCAUCUUUGGAUGACCUUUGAUGAUGCAAAGGAUUCCAAGCUCUCCAGAACUCCCUUACUUCUAAAACCCAAAUCCCAGUACCUGUUACACAUUUCUGCACAGGACUCCACUGUCAGGACAAGAAGAAAGGAGGGGAGCACUGCAAUGGAUUUUCCAGCACAGAUGAACAUACAGCAGGAAGUGACCUGCCCCAUCUGCCUGGAUCUUCUGACAAUGCCCCUGAGUCUGGACUGUGGCCACAGCUUCUGCCAAGCUUGCAUCACUGCAAAGAGUCAGGAUUCAGGGGUCCACCAAGGAGGGGAAAGCAACUGCCCAGUGUGCCAGUGCAAAUACCAGUUUUGGAAUCUCCGACCUAAUCAGCCCCUGGCCAACAUAGUGAAGAAAGUCAAAGAGAACAUGAGCCCAUGGCAGAAAAAGCUCUGUGAGCUCCAUGGAGAAAAACUCCUGAUCUUCUGUAAGGAGGAUGGGAAAUUCAUUUGCCAGCACUGUGCCCAGUCUCUGGAGCACAGUGGUCAUCAAAUAUUCUUCAUGGAGAAGGUGGCCAAGGACUGUCAGGAAAAGCUCCAGACAGCUCUGAAGAAACUGAGGAAGGAGCAGCCAAAAAUGGAGGAGUUGGAAGCUAGCAUCAGAGAGGAGAAAGCUUCCUGGAAGAAUCAUAUGCAGACUGAGAGACAAAGGAUUCUGAAAGGGUUUAAUGACAUGAGAGCAACCCUGGACAGCGAGGAGAAGAGGGUGCUACAAAAGCUGGAGGAAGAUGAAGUGAAUGUGCUGGAUAACUUGGUAGUGGCCAGAGACCAGCUGGCCCGGCAGAAGCAGUGCUUAAGGGAGCUCAUCUCAGAUAUUGAACAUCAGAUAUGGGGGUCAUCAGUAGACACAGUGCAGGAUAUGAUUAAUGUCAUGAAAAGGAGUGAGAGGUGGACCUUGAAGAAGCCAAAUAUUGUUCCCAAGAAACUGAAGAGUACAUUCCGAAUUCCAGAUCUGAGUGGGAUGCUGCAAGUGUUUAAAGAGCUGACAGAGGUCCAACGCUACUGGGUGGACGUGUUGCUGAAGCCAGUCAAUGCUAUUUCGAAUAUUGCCAUUUCUGCCGAUAAAAGACAAAUGACAACUGUGCACAACUUCUCUCUUAAAAAUGUAUUUCUAUGUGAUUUCUCUGCUUUUGAUGUCUUGGGCUACCAACAUUUUUCCUCAGGGAAGUAUUACUGGGAAGUAGAUGUGUCUGAAAAGAUUGCCUGGAUCCUUGGGGUGUACUGUAAAGCAAGAAACCUCAAGAGAAAAGAGAGCUCUGGGUUUGUUUUUGAUCCAAAUGUAAAUCGUCCAGAUGUUUACUCCAGAUACAAACCUCAGUUUGGCUACUGGGUUAUUGGUUUACAGAAUGAAUCUGAGUAUAAGGUCUUUGAGGAGUCUUCCACCUCUGAUCCCAGGAUCUUGACUCUUUUCAUACCUGUUCCUCCGAGUCGUAUUGGGGUUUUCCUUGACUAUGAAGCACGUAUUGUCUCAUUUUUCAAUGUCACAAACCAUGGGUCACUCAUCUACAGGUUUUCUAAUUGUCAGUUUUCUCAUACUGCUUAUCCAUAUUUCAAUCCUUGGAAUUGUCAACGCCCCAUCACCUUGUGCCCACCAAGUUCCUUUCUCAGUCCCUCACCCACUUCUGUGUAGCACCUCUUGUCCUGAGGUUCAGCUACAGCUGAGCUCAUCUGCACGAUUCUGAACAUGUCUUCCUUCUUUUCUCCAUCUUUCAUUUUAGAAUGUUUUUGAGAUAGUCUUCUAGGACUGCUGUCACAAAAUACCACAGAAUGGGAGGCUCAAACAACAGAAAUUUCUUGUCUCACAGUUCUGGAGGCUGGAAGUCUAAGACCAAGGUGUCAGCAGAGUUGGUUUCUUCUGAGGGCUGUGAGGGGAGAGUAUAUGCCUCGCCUUUUAGACGCCUAUCUUCUCAUCUUCCCAAUGUAUAUUUUUAUGUUCCCAAAUCUCUCUUUUUCUAAGGACACCAGUCAGAUUAGAAAAGGACCCACCCUAAUUACAUCAUUUUAAUUUAGUCACCCCUGUAAAGAACCUAUUUCCAAAAAGUCACAUUCUCAAGUAUUGGGGUUAGGAUUGUAACACAGGAAUUUGGGUGGAACACAAGUCAACUUAACAGUCUUUUAUACAUCCCUACCAUGCAGUGAAAGCUUGAGGUUUUCUUUCCUAAUAUUUUGUCUUCAUUAGGGGAGAAUGCUUUAUUUUUCCUUAUUAGUUUUUGCUUAGUAUUAUGAGAGAAUGUUUAUUUGCAAAGGGAACACAUCUAAUCCCUUUUAUAGAAAGAGCAGUAUUGCUGUACCUCCUCGGACAUCUCCUUUCCACAUUCCCUCUGUUGUUUAAGGGAAUUAACAAAGGAAAAAUUAUAAAUUCUAUCCAAGUGCAUAGGACAUAGAACAGUGCAUAGGAAUCUGUCACUAGGUAAUGAAUCCUUCAGAGUGUGUUGCUUUACCAAUAACACCCCUUUAUGUAUCACAGAGUUAAAGCAGAAGUGCAUAAGUAAAAUAUAUACUAAGAGUAGAUUUUUGGUACUCAGAGUUUCUAAGCUCAAAUCUUGUCUCUUUACUUAUAAGCUGUGUAAAUUUGAACAGUCACUUAGCACCUCUUGGUCUCAUUUUCCUAAAAAAAAAUUGAUGUUAAAGAUUGUACCUAUUUUGUAGAGUCACAUUGAGAAAUCAAAUUUUAUUAGAGGUGAAGCACUUACCUAAGAGUCUUAUAUGUAAGAAUAAAUAUCUGUUACUGCCGGAAAAAUACGAGCUGUAUCGAUGAGAAUUUUUUUUUGUUUGUUUGUUUGGGUUU